AUGGACCCAUCGUCCACCACUACCCAACCGCUCGGGUCCGGUCGGGGCUCUCACGGCCGCAACGCCAUUCCCGCCUGCGACAGGUGUCGUUCUUUCAAGAAGAAGUGCAGCCGCACCUUUCCCGCGUGCAGUCUAUGUGCCGGAGCUGGCAAGAAUUGCUCGUACAAUGCGCUGCCCGGCACCCCCGAGGCGGAGGCUCUGCGACUGAGGGCACGCGUCCAGUGGUUCAGCGACUAUAUCAAUCGUCAUCUCUUGAAACCACAUCAUGGUGGUAUUGAGGAGGUCGAGACUGGUUCGGAUCUUGUUUCUUUGCUUGGCAGCCGGUUGAAUGAGAAUCUCGCUACCGCAAACUCGGCGGCCUUACAGAGCCAGUCACAGGGUCGAAACGAGCUUGACGCAAUACCACCGUCCGAUGCGGCGCAGAAUCAAGUCGAAGACGGCUUCUUUCCCGGUCAGACAGAGUCGGGGAACACUGGUCUGGGGCCGCCGAGCAUCAGUGUCCAGAUGGACGGGGCUAGCACCACGCCACCUAUCAACUCCGACAGUGCCGUUUUGACUGGCGGUCACGUAUCGUAUCAGGGCUCAAGAGGUACGCAAAACUCGGAAGCAAACGACUUCGUCGUGGGCCAGGACCUUCCCCCAGAUGCGGCAGCUCGUCGCUUCGUCGAUGCCUACUUUCGAAACGUCAACGGAGCAUACCCCUUCAUCAACCAGGCCAAGAUCCUUGAGAAUCUCGAGACCAUGGGCGACCUUGGCCAGCGGCUUCGUGAUUCUCAGUCUACCCUCCUGUAUCUGGUCAUGUCCAUCGGCAGCACCACUCUCGAGCGAGCGAGCCAGGCCCCUAGAAACACUUCAAAGCGAUACGAGGUGGCAUACGCCGAGAUCAUCCAAGAGUGCGUGUGUCGGGAUAGUGUCGAGUCGGUCCAGAUCCUGGUCCUGCUGGCGCUCUACUCGUUGUUCGACCCAGCCGGGGCAUCAGCCUACUCUGUCGUGGGCAUUGCUGCACGGCAGGGAAUUACGAUCGGUCUUUCUCUUCGAGAUGAGAACGCAUAUUCGCCGGCUGAGAUGGAACUACGGCAUCGUCUUUACUGGAGCAUCUACGCCCUCGACCGCAUGAUGGCCGUAUCACAGGGCCUGCCCGUAGCGCUGGCAGACAACGCAGACGUCCCCUUACCGAGUCUGACCGUUGAAGAAUUUGCUAGUAACGAGAGGAUGACUUACGCGCGGAGGCUGCAGACGAGUCGGCACGUAAUCCAGCUCCGCCAGCUGGAGGGCCGCAUUCUGAGCCAAGUCCACUUCAGAAGGGAAGCCGAGAUCGCGGAGCUCUCACCUUUAGAUAGACGAGCGAUGCUGAGCAGUCUCCGAGCGUCCAUCGAAGAUUGGUACAGCCAAGGGUGUCUUAUGUCGCCGAUAGGUGGCGACAACACUACAAUACACAGCAGCACCUCCUGGCUCAGCGCGCGUUACUAUUACAUGCUGCUACUGCUGUACUACCCGAACCACUUCAACAGCUCGGCGGCGGCCGUUUCGCGCCAGGAGCUGCUACAGUUCGUACGGCGCCAUCUCCAAGCGACAUCGGCGCUGUUCCAGCAGCAGCAGCUCCCACUGAACCGCAAUACGCUGUACAGGCUGAUGCCCAUGUGUCUAGUCCUGAUGCACGACUUCGUGGCGACGUGUCGGUCGGCGAACUGGACCGCCAAGUCGGUGUUCCCCUUCCAGGCCAGAGACGAGGUCGCCGUGAUGCUGUCCGUCCUGGAAGCGUAUCCGGAGGGGUGGAGCCUCGCACAAAGGGCGACGCAGGUGGUGCGCCAGUUCGCGGGCGUCAUCUCAGGCGGAAUGGUGGCCUUCUUCUCGGAUGACCAGGUGUUUCCUCUAGGAACUCCUGGGAACGGAGCUGCCACCGUCAACGGGAGCAAUGCCACGGGAGUAUCCUUUAGCGGGAAGGAAAGCCUGCCGGUGCUGAUGAAGCCCUGUAUUGCUAGAUUGACGUCGUUGAUGCAGGAGAUGCUGGGAAUAUCGACAUGCUUCCAGUUUAUCAAAUACCCCCCAGACAAACAGACAGAUGGUCCGGCAGCGGCCAUACCCCAGGAGGAACUGUUCCAACAAUACCAUCAGCAGCAGCAGCAGCCUCAGCAACAGCAUCCACAGCCUCCGCCUCUAACGAUGAGCCAGGUUGGCUUGCACAAGCAGAUCUCCAAAGCCAAGACUCCCCAAACCCUGUCCCCCGGGCCCGUCAAGUUCGCCAAGAUGCACCAAUACUACCUCCUCGCUCUGCUCCCUGCAGCUCUUGGCUGCCUGAACGUCGACAGCAACUCCUGCGCCAGCUUCAUCAAGUCCCAGUCGGCCACCGCCUCCGCCUUCUGCGCCACCUUCACCAAGAGCACCGUCACCGCCACCACCGGCCUCCCGGCCUGGGCCACCAACUGCUCGAACAAGCCCUCCCAGAUCUCCGCCGAGUGCACUUGCCACUACAGCGGCGCGGCCGGCGGCGGCGGCAGCUCGCCCUCGACAACGCUCAAGACCACGACGACCGCGGCCGGCGGUGGCGGCGCCGUCACUCCCCCGGCUGGUGUCACGACUACUCUGCCUGCUUCGAAGGGCGCUACGUCUACUAGCAAGCCAAUCACCGUUGCCGCGGGGCAGACUUACGAUGGUGGAAUGAAGAAGUUUGACAGAAGCCCUCGUGUCUGCGCUGAGCAGGAUGAGACUGGCGAGGCCGAUGCCAUGUUCGUGCUCGAGGCCGGCGCUACCCUCUCCAACGUCAUUAUCGGCCCUGACCAGGCUGAGGGUGUCCACUGCAAGGGAACCUGUACUCUCAACAACGUUUGGUGGCAAGAUGUCUGCGAGGAUGCUCUCACUCUGAAGCAAUCCAGCGGAACUUCGUACGUCAACGGCGGCGGUGCCUUCAAGGCCGCGGACAAGAUCAUCCAGUUCAACGGCUUCGGAACAGUCAGCAUCAACAACUUCUACGCCAAUGACUACGGCAAGGUCGUGCGCUCGUGCGGAAACUGCUCCGGAAACGGCGGCGCUCGCCACGUUCUGUUGAGCAAUGUUGUGGCGAAGGACGGCGGCGUCCUUUGCGGUAUCAACACCAACUACGGCGACACCUGCGUCGUCACCAACAGUUGCCAGGACGACAACAAGAUCUGCGACCGGUACACGGGCAACAACUCGGGCAAGGAGCCGACGAAGAUUGGAUCUGGACCUGACGGCACUUACUGCAAGGCAACUGGCUUCACCACUGCCUGCUAG